AUGCACCCCGCCGCACACCCCCCCACCGUCUACGCCUUUCCCGACCCAGACGCCCUCUCUGCCGCCCUCGCCGACUAUGUCCUAAAGGCGCAGAAAGAGUCCCUCGAGAAAAAGGGCAGAUUCACCGUCGCCAUCUCCGGCGGCUCCCUCCCCGACUCCCUCGCAGCCCUCGUCGGCAAGCCCGGCAUCAAGUGGGACAAAUGGCAAGUGUUUUACGCCGACGAGCGCGCCGUCCCGCUCGACCACGCCGACUCUAACCACCGCGCGCUCUCCGAGGCGCUCUACCGCCACGUCCCGAUCCCCGCCGCGCACAUCCACCCGAUCGACGCCACGCUGCUCGGCGACCUCGACGAGCUCGCCGACGCCUACGAGCAAGAGCUCGUCCGCGAGUUCGCCCAGCGCGACGCCGCGCGCUUCCCCGUCUUCGACCUCGUCCUCCUCGGCCUCGGGCCGGACGGACACACCGCGUCGCUCUUCCCGGGCCACGCGCUGCUCUCCGAGGACGCGCGCUGGGUCGCGCACAUCGCCGACAGCCCGAAGCCGCCCGCGCGCCGCGUCACGCUCACGUUCCCCGUGCUCAACCACGCCGCGCGCGUCGCGUUCGUCGCCGCGGGCGCGGGCAAGGCGGACGUGCUCGCGCGCGUGCUCGACGCGCCCGAGGAGGGCCUCCCCGCCGCGCGCGUGCGCCCCGCGAGCCCCGGCCAGCUCGUGUGGUUCGUCGACGCCGCCGCGGCCGCGCGCCUCGCGUUCCCGCGCUCCGCGUUCAAGCUGUGA